GCUUUAUAUUAAUGUUAUGUUUUUAUUUCUAAAAGUAUCUUUAAUUCUUUAUACAGUGUUAAUUGGAAAUUUAACCAAAGACAAAUAGAUUAUGUGAUUGGAAACAGUCGUGGUAGUUUCCUGCGUACAAUUUGAUUAUAUAUAAUCAAGUUUUGGUAUUGAAUCACAGCUUACAGGAUGAGGGUCUUCAUGGCAGAGGAUAAUCUUUGUGCCCAAAAUUUAUUAAAACUAGUUUCACACGGAAAUGCUAUAAUUGCCGAAAUUCUAAGACUUAAGGAUCAUAUACCACCAAUCUUUUACUUGGAAAAUAAAGAACUUCAGCAAAAAUAUCAAGAUGUUAUCAUGGACUUUGGAUAUUUAAAAAUUGCAGACAACCAGGAAAAGAAAAUCAAUAUGAAUGUGAAACUGCAAGAUUUGGAUGAUGAUCUCAAGGAAAAGUAUCUAGAAAUCAUAAACCGUUUCUACUUGCUGUUUGAAAAUAUCCAUCAAUACAUAAUUGAUCUGAACUCAUUUGUGGAACAGCUAUAUGAUGGAGCAUUUAUUCAGCAGAACAUUGAGACAGUCAUGAAAGAUAUUGAAGGAAAACAACUACUGUGUGAGUCACUUUAUUUGUAUGGCUCCAUGCUGCUACUAUGUGACCUCUACAUACCAGGAAUAAUAAGAGAAAGGUUGCUAGUAGCUUUCUACCGCUACAGUACCAGUCAGUCCCAGUCCAAUGUUGAUGAUGUGUGCAAACUACUCCGGGAUACUGGGUAUGACCAGUUACAUAAGAAGAGGCCUGCUGACUAUCCUGUUGAAUAUUUUGGGCGAAUAAACAUCCACCCGUAUUUCAUAGAAAAGGUUGUUGGAAAAUUGAGAUCAGAGGACAUUUACAACCAACUAGCUGUGUACACGAUGCCGGAACACCAGGCCUCCGCGCUUGCCACGCAGGCCAGCAUGCUCGUGGUCUGCCUAUUCUUCAUACCACAAUACCUACAUAACGACGUUUCCAAGAUGAGAGAGAUAGCUGACAAGUUCUUCCCAAGCAACUGGAUAGUCCCUAUCUACAUGGGAGUCACUAUCAAUGUCAUAGAUUAUUGGGAGAAUUUUAAAGCUGCAAAAACCGCACUCACCAAUACAUGCAACAGUAAAAUGGUCAAAGAGGUAUUCUCUAAAAGAGGAAGCGCUGUACCCAUGCUGAUCAAUAAAACACACCAGCUUUUAAAAGAAGGCGUGAUGACUAACGACUUUGUUUUGGACAACAUUAACAAAAUAUUAAACUUACUGAUAAAUUCUAACUUCGUUCUACGUUGGCUUCUGCUCCAUAAUAGCAACGUGAUAUUUUACGACAAUAACAAAAAGGGCAAACAAUUGAAGGAGCUAGUUAUAAAAGAGUCUAACUAUGAUGCACUGAAAAUUCUAGAGCUCCUCAUAAGCACUGCUGAGUUGGAAUUGAAGGUCAGAGAAAUGUUGAACAGAUUACUAGAGAGCAGAAACGAAACAUGGAAUACCAGCAAAGCUGAAGCAUUGGAAGCUCUCAACAAUCUAGCAGAACUUUUCUCUGGUGACAAAUCUUUCGCAAAAGUUCAAGGGAAUGACCAGUUGAAGCAAUGGUUUACUAACAUUGCGAAUCAGAUAAAAUCAGUUGGAGAUUCGAUCAGCACAAAAUCUAUGAAGAAAAUUACGCAGCUUAUACAAGCGUUAGACGAAGUUGAAGAGUUUCAUAGUAUUAAAAGCACUUCAACCGUCGUUCAGUUCCUUUCAGAAACUAAAGACGCAUUGAAGAAUGCCCUCAGAGCUGCGUCGUUAAAAGACGACUCUCUAGUGACUUUGGAAAUCGCAGCUGACGUGAGUUACGCGUGGUGCAUAAUCGACUCGUAUACGCAAUUCAUGCAAGAAAGCAUAAAAGACAAUCCUGCAAUCACAAGUAGAUUGAGAGCUUUAUUUCUGAAACUGGCAAGUGCCAUGGAAAUACCACUACUGAGAAUAAACCAGGCUCACAGUGACGAUCUUGUGUCAGUAUCUCAGUAUUAUAGUAAUGAAUUGAUAAAAUACAUCCAAAAGGUGCUACAGAUUAUUCCGCAGAUGGUAUUUAGUAUAGUGGAGAAAAUUAUCGAUCUACAGACGUGGACUAUUAAGGAAAUACCGACGAGGUUGGAUAAGGAGAGGCUAAAGGAGUUUGCUCAGCUGGAGCACAGAAUGGAGGUGGCGAGGCUCACACAUUCCGCAUCUACAUUCACAACAGGUAUCUUGGACAUGCGCUCUACUCUAGUAGGUGUCAUAAGAGUGGACCCAGCAGAACUAUUAGAAGAAGGCUUGCUCAAAGAGCUCGACACCCACAUAAGCAAGAAGUUCGUAGAGUUCCUUGAGCCCCAGACCAAGAAACCGCUAGCUCCGAACACGUUGUUGGCACGACUGCAGAAGUUGGCGGAGAGUAUGGAUGGCUACAAAAGAUCUUUAGAAUAUAUUCAAGAUUAUAUUAACAUGCACGGGUUACGGAUUUGGCAAAAACAGGUAUCUGCCAUAAUAGUCGACAGCGUGGCCAAAGAGAUUAGCCUGCGUAAAGGCGUGACGCUGUACAGCCCCUCCGCCGGGUUCAUGGGCAGUCUUGCAAGACAAAUUGUGCAGCUUACUGAUGCAAGAGUGUGCUGCUACAUCAGCAUUUGCACCGCAUGGUACGACAUCAAAACUCAAACUGAAAUAGUGAACACAAAAACCUUCGCAAAACUGAAUGAAGCCAUCGGAGUGGCGGGACUCCACGGCUUAGACACCUUAUUCGCGUUCAUGAUCAAAAACCAACUUCACGCGGUACAGAACAUAUUCAGAACGGGACAAGACAAAAUCAAUGUUAACUCUUUAAACGCUGAUGUGAAGGACACGGAACUAGCGAUAACGAAGGGACAGAAGGUUUACCAGCAGUUAGCGGAUGCAAUCGUGUUGAUUGGGAGUUUGCAGAUUCUUAGAAGGCAUAUAGCGUAUCAAUUGAAUAGUUCGGCGAAGUUCGACUCUGCGCAUUUGGAGGCGUCUCUGCAGACGAUGAAUGAAGCACUGCUAAACGAAUUAAAAUCCGAAGACCCCGAGUCAAAACAGAAAGUGACAUCAGAACUUUUGAAAUACUUGGAGGACUACCUAGUGAGGUGUGGGAUUUACGAGCCAUUCGACAAGAUCUACAUCAGGAACGCCACCGAGUUCAACAUUGCUGACGUCGGCCGUGUCUGCGCCACGUUGCUGAUAUCUCAACUGGGCAAGAUGCAGUUUUGCACUUCUACUGGUGACCUUAUCGCCAGAAAACCUGGAGACAACAUUGAUGGCUACCCCCUUGUGGUGGGCAUAUACACGCUUCUGCGCCAAGCAGGAAAGGAUAAUAUCGAGACAUUUGUUGGGUUCCUCAGUGCCUAUAUGAAAGGCGUUACUUUAUCUAAGUCAAAAUCAUCAGAUGGAUCAUGUGAAGGUGCCAUGGUUGGAAGGGUGUUAGAAAUAUUCUGUGAAACAUUCAAGUAUAGUUACAAUAAAAUUGAGGAUAAACUCCCUAUAGCAAUGCUGACACAAACAUUCCAGAAAUAAUUUAUACCAUGCAUUUAUGUAUAAGAAAAUAACUUGUUUAAUAUUAAGAAAAAAACUUUUUAAUAUUUGAAUUAUAAUUAACUUAAUAUUUUUAUAUGAAUUUCGUUUCAUUAAAUUCGUUUAUUUAUCUGCAUAUGGGUUCCCUCUAUUUGGCAUAACUUUAAUUGUCCGAAACGAUUUUCGCAUAACAGACUUCGCAUAAUCGAUUUUCGCCGAAUGUUAAUUUGGCA